AUGGCUUUCACUAAAGCGAAAUUCCAUAACUUCUUUGUUGAUUGGUUUUCUGUGUUGAAGGGGCUGGAUAAGCGAACGGGGAUCCUUUCGGUAUCGAUACCAUUAAAGGAAGAUUUUUUUGAGGAUAAUGUAAGAAAGAUCAAUUAUUCGAUAUUAAGGUAUAUGGAUUCACUGAAAGAUGAGGUGAGUGAUGAUUCUGAACCUUCUGGUCAGCCAAAAUUAGAGAAUUCGACCUCUAUUGAGGAAAAGUUCGAGAGCAAGGAGUAUAAGACAGUGUACGAGAUGUUUCAUGACUUGAAGAUUGCAAGUGUGAUUAAAAUGGUUCAAGUUGAAGAUGAUUUGGAUUUGUAUGGCAAGGUUGAUACAUUUUUCAGAGUUGGUUCUGAGUUGUUACUAAGAGAAUGUUUAAGAUUGGGCUUGACUGUUGAAGAUGAGAUGAAAAAGGAUAAUGAAGAUGAGAACGAGAAGAAGAAGCAACAGAAAAGAAAGAUGUUGGAAGAGAAGGAGAAGGAGAAAGAGGAAGAGGAAGAGAAAGAGGGUGAAGAAGAAGGUGAGGAUGAAACUGAAGAGUCGGGAUUUGGAAUGGAAACAAGUCUGGAGGAAGCAUUGGCACGAGAUUUCGAACUAAUAACUGGAACGUACAUUGACAAAGCAGGAGAGGCACUUUCGAUAGUUGCAGCUGGAAAUCUUCCCCUCUUCACUUCACUCAAUAAGAAGAAAUCCGAGUUGGAUGAUAGAGAGCCGGUGAUAGAUGCAGGACUUGGGGUAAAUUUGGUGAAGAUUGUUCCUAACCUGGAUUCUGUGACUCCAGAGAAGUUGACAUUCGUUUCGCCUGUGUCGCAACAACCUGUUUCUGAUGUUCGAGAAGUUUUACAGGAAUACAUACAUCCAAAUUGGCUUCGUCUGACAUCUCCUCAAUGGUUGAAGAAUGGAGAUUAUGAUAUGAACUUUUCGUUUGCUCCUUCUUAUGAUGAAAGUAAGUCUACUGUUUCCAAUGAGUGGAAGGGAUUAACUUGGAUGCAAGAGGUUGGAUUUGAGAAGUUCAAGGAAGCCAAGCGGGAGAAGAAGGAAAAGACUGAUGAGAAAGCUGAGGAAGCAGAGGAAGCAGAGAAGGCUGAGAAAGCUGAGGAAGCAGAGAAGGCUGAGAAAGCUGUUGGUGACUCUGAUGAAGAGUCUGAAGAACCAAUUGAUUUGGGUAAUCUCUUCAAAUGGAAUAUCGGAAAUAAAAUUGAUGAGCAUGAAAAAGAUGUGAUAGCAGAUGAUGGAGUUCAAGAAGAGAUUAGUAAGCUAAUGUUAGAGUUGAAUCAUCUCCGGAAAUCGAGAAUCACAUUCCAGAAGCAGCAGCUGGCAGCUCAGCAGCAACUGUUUGUUCGGCAGGCUCAGCAAGGAGCAGAUAUGAGCCAUGCUGAGUACAAGGUACUCAGAACGUCGAAGCAGGAAGUUGAGAAAUAUCACAGACUUAAAAGACUCAUGACGGGACUUCUUAGAAGUAAGGACAUCAAUCCAGACAAGCUCAACCUAAAGCUCAGCACGCGACUACCUGUUUUGCAGCACAACUAUACUGGUAUGUUGCCGGCAUCGUUUGGAGGAAACAGUCACUACGGAAGGUAUGGUGGGUCGUCGAGAAACAGAAGAAGACGUUAG